AUGAGUCACACAUGGUUCGUUAGGCUGCCGCCGCAGCUCGACGAUCACUCCCGCAUCGACGAUGCGGCCCUACUGGCCGGCCUUCGCGGCGGGGUGGUGGCAGAGAAGCCCAUCACCGUCGUGGCGGAGCAACGACUCGACUGCGCGAGGCCGGACCCGAACGACCACAACCACGCCUGCGCGGUCGAGAGACGAGGCGUCUUCCGUUCCAUGCGCGUCGGUGGACGUGAUGGAAGCGGAAUUGAGCGGUUCCAGCUGCACACGGAGUCUGACGACGGCGAACUAAAGCCCGUGAGCAGGAGCUGGCGGCAGUUCGAGUUCAUCCCUCGGCAGGAGGGAGCCUUCAUCUUCACGCAGACGGGCUCGCCAAACCUGCUAUUCAGCACGAUUCCGACAAAGGGCAGCAAAACCGGAAGCAUGGUAUUUCUGUUCGGUUCGUGUUCCGCCGCUGUGAACUCUUUCGCGAUAGAUGCCAACGGGUCGGUCGUUGUCGCCGGUGCACAGGAUGGCAGCUUGGCGGUGUGGAAAAUCUCGGACGGCAAGAAGGUGGGCGCCAUCAGCGGAGCCCACGAGGGUGGUGUGCGGGCGGUCACGUUUCUCUCGCCGACUUGCGUGGUUUCAGCUGGAGCCGAUGGCACUGUUCGCAUCUGGCACGUCAGCGGAGACCCUAGGCUCCGAAUGUUGCACAGGAUGGCCGCGGGAGACAGUCCACUUACUGCGAUUGCCGCAUGGGCGCAGGAGGGGGUCGCGCACCAAUUUCUGGCUGCAGGUGCGGACGAUGGAACGGUUUACGCCUGGAAAGCGAAGGCGCCAGUCAACGUGGAUGGCGAAAUGCGUUGGGAGCCUACCACCGUGUCGCAUCAUCUGCAGGGUAAGGAGGUUGUGGAGCUCUCUUUUCGAGGCGACGGCGCAGCCCUGAUUGCUGGAGCCUGCGACGAAAGACAACUGGGAGCAGGAGAGGUACGCCUAUUUGAAACCGAACACUGGACUCUCGUUGCCUCUCAGCCGUAUUCUAGCCAUGUGGUGGCGUGCAUGUACUCUCGUUCCAAGCUCAUCGUCGACUUGGUUCUGGUGUGCAGCGCCGCGGGUUCCCCACGGCUGUUCGAGGGCAGAUUGGUUCCAGCUGUCUCCGCUCCCCUUCGUGACCGAGGUCUAGGUUCAGACAUGCCCCCACAGCCUCUUGGACACGGACUUCCUGGACCCUUGACGAAUAGAGAUGGAGAUGGGAUUCGCAUUGUUAGAAGCACGGACUCUGAUGACGAAAAUGAUCCUCGUGAUCAUCCGCCGCCCAUUCCGGCGAAAAAAAUGAUGGAUCCCACCCCUGAGGCCCCCAAGCCAGUAUUACGUCCGGCCUUCAGGCGCUCUGGCAAAUACCAUGUUGAGCCGCGUGCUACUCCUUCGGAGCGUGCUACGCGGUUGGUGGCGCAGAUGGCGGCUGAUGCGAUGGCGAACGCACCUGUGAUUUCGGACGAUGAUCAUGACGACGACGACGAUGUGGAAAAUCAGGGGGAUCCUUAUGAUGGGCUUGUAGGCGUGGAGGGCGCCGAAACAAUCCUCGCCAAACCAACACUCAUGUCUUCAAGGCCCAUAUUGCAUCGCAGUGCACUCAUUCCGUUCGCUGUGUUCGAUAGGGACACCGAGUUGCAGCAUCACAUGGCGCCGCUUGGAAUUUCUGGUCGCGAGGAGGCUGCCAAAGUUGCAGAUACGCAUGUCCGGGCGAUGGCAGCGGCGAACAUGAAUCUUGCAUUCCCCCGAAACGGUCGGCGUUUUGAAGGGCUAGCACAGAUUCCUAAGGCAAGUGUGCCCACAAAAGCGAAACGGAUGGUGGGAAAACAAUUGGAUCCAAGGUGGUUGGCGGUGCGCGACAUAAAACCACGCAUGGAAGAUAUGUGGGUCGCUGCCAGGCGAGAGCCUCAGGUUUGCAGCACAGAGGGGUGUAGCUCGAGCCUUCUCAUGCCUCCCUCUAAAGGUGUGGAGUAUUAG